CGCACGCAGUUUCGCUGUUUUCCAACUAAUAAAAGCUACAAAUAGCUUCAACACACACAAAAGGCGCGACUUAGAACCAAAUUUGACUCCUUCACUAAAUUUCCAAAUUUCAAAGAAAAUAAUUAUUCAUGGGUAAUUGUGCUUCCUUCGAUUCUACGCAGCAGGAAGAUACAGCAAAGGUUGUUAUACACGACGGUACGAUGCAAGAAUUCUCCUACCCGGUUAAGGUUUCUUAUCUUUUACAAUUAUACCCAUCGUGUUUCAUUUGCGAUUCUGACGAAUUGCAAUUCGACGACGUCGUUUUACCCAUGCCAGAAGAUGAGGUCUUGAGUCUCGGUCAACUUUAUUUUGCUUUGCCGUUGACUCGCUUGAAACGCCCUUUACAGGCGGUGGAGAUUGCUGCGUUGGCCGUGAAAGCUAACUCCGCGCUUAAUAGGACUGGUACCGUCGGAGACAAAUGUGGGUUUCGUCGGAAACAGAUUGUCAUGUUUUCGGGAGAAGGGAAAGGUAAGCCUUGCCGGAGAGUGGUGCCGGAAACUGGAAAUAAUGUUGCUGUUAGUAUUGUAAGGUCGAGAAGUGGAAGACGGAGUAAUUUUGGCGGUGGUAGGGGGAAGUUUAUGGCGGCGUUGAGUGCUAUACCGGAGUAGGGAUAGUUUCGGAAUAAAAUAUGUCCGUUGGUAAUUAAUUUCUGUUGUAUAUAUUCUCCAAAAAAAAAAUAUUAUUUAAUUUUUAACAUGGUAAAGAUCUUUGUGUUCUUUAACGAGUAAAAGGGAUUUAGCUGAGUCAGAACCACUGUUUUUUAUUUA